UAAAUCACAGCCGACCAUCACAAGCCCUCGCUGACAACUAGUGUUGCCUCGUCGGCCAUCCCCUCCACCAGCCCAUGCUCCUCCUCGCGCGCAGGCUAGUCGCCCAGCGCUCGUCGUCUUCGUCUCUUCUUCUCGCUCCAGCAAUAUCAGCACGCAGCAUGUCGACAAAGCCAGCAAAGCGCACGCCGCCCGAGGCGCGGCCCUCGUCGUCCAUCAUGGUCGUCUCGCCGACCAACCAGCUCCUCCUCCUCCAGCGCGUCGCCGCGUCGUCGUCCUUCGCCUCGGCGCACGUCUUCCCAGGCGGCAACCUGUCAGAGUACCACGAGACGGUGCCUGCUGUCGGCACGCCGGGGCGGCACGUCGACGGCGAAGCGUACCGUCUCGCUGCGAUCCGCGAGACGUUCGAGGAGAGCGGCAUCCUGCUCGCGCACGCCAAGGGCGGUGCGGCGGGCCAGUUGUUGCCUAUCACUGAGGCGCAGCGCGACGAGGGGCGCGGGCUCGUGCAUGGCGAUAAGAAGCGGUUCACCGAGUGGCUUGACAGUGUCGGCGGUGUUGCUGAUGUCGACGGCCUCAUCCCCUUCACGCGCUGGAUCACGCCCGUCCAGGUCCCCAAGCGCUUCACGACGCAGAUGUACGUCUACUUCCUGCCGCUGUCGACGCGCGUGUCCUCCAAGGAGAUUGUGCACACGCCGACGCACGACGGGGGCAAGGAGCACACCGAGGCCGUGUUCGCCGACCCGGGGACGUGGAUUCAAGCGGCCGGCAAGGGCGAGGUCAUCCUCUUCCCGCCCCAGCUGUACCUGCUGCACCUGCUGUCCGACUUCCUCGGCCCGAACCACGGCACAGACUAUGCGGCACAGCGCGCGGCGCUCGUCGAGUUCCUGCACAAGGUGCCCACUGGCCCCUCGGACCACCCGCUCGGCCGCAUCUCGUGGGCGGACAAGUGUAUCUCGCCCGUCGGGCUGCCCAUCACCCGCAAAGACGGCCGCGCGACCCUCAACCUCGAGGCGCCGGGCCUCGAGCUCAAGGGCUCCACCCGCGGAGGCGACCACGACCGCGUCGUGCUCGUCUCUCGCCUCACGGGCGGGCCGGGCACCCCGGGCCCGACGAACGUCGAGGUGCGGUGGAGGGACGAGGCGCUCAAGGAGGGCGUGCGGAACGAGGGCAAGUUGUAAGGGGGCAGAAGGAGCAGAGUGACAUGGAGCAACACGUGGAUGCGCCGGGAUUCCUACAUGCACAUAGCAGAAGACAUAAGACAUGUACGUUGUAGAAGACGACGAGGACGUUGUCGUUG